GCCAUCCACCACUGGAUCUCUGCAAACAUUCAUGCAUUUUGUCUGGGAAGUUUGAACAUCGCUUUUAACCUGCUUUGUAUGAUGUUUCAAUUUUUGGAAUGGACGAGAAAGUAAGAGGUCAGAAGAGGAAGUGUGAGUCUAGUGAAGAGGAACCAAGCAAGCUUACGACCAACAAACAAGUAGUGGAAGAAGGGAAGUCAUGGUGGACAUGUAUGAUGCUAGGAGUACAUCAAGAUAACACCAAACCACAGGGGAGGAAAGUGGACAUGACCCAGAAAGAUAACUCAGAUAAUAAAUGAAAUGAGCAAAACACUGACUACUACCAUACCAGCAGAACAUUGAACCAAUCCAUUGCCUUGUUUCAGGCUCCUGGACAACGAAUGGUGCAGGGAAACUAUUCAGUCAUGGCAAGUGAGACUAUGGAUCCUGAUGUUUGUGAGCAGUGCCAAUCAAUACGGCCGGCCACACCCCCUAUAGAUUCUUGCUGUGGUUCUGGGUGUGCAGUGUGUGUCUAUGAUAUUCAUGAUCAGGAGAUCCAACUGUGGAAAAAGACUUGCAAGCGUAAACAUGGUGCAGAGGAAAUUCAGAUUGAAGACAAUACAACUGUAAUGGACCUGAUGGACUACAGAUAUUACACUCUGCAAUCGAUUGUUCCAGUCUGUGCAAAUACAGCUGUGUACAGAUUCAUGCUUCCACCUGGAAGGAAACUGGACCUGUCUAUUGCAAAGCAUAUCAUCCUCAGGGGUAUACACAAUGGAAAGGUGAUAACCAGGCAGUACACACCCAUCUCAUCACCACAUGAUGCAGGAUUCUUUGAAGUCCUUAUUAAGUUGUACCCCGGUGGAGAUAUGUCUCAGUAUAUUAAGCAAUGGAAGAUAGGCGAUGAAGUAGAAUGGAGAGGACCCUUUGGAUCAUUUACAUACCAACCAAAUGAGGGCCAUUAUAUGAUAGCUAUAGCAGCUGGUACCGGUAUCACUCCCAUCAUUCAGGUGAUGAGGCAUAUUAUAGAGAAUGAGGAGGAUGAGACAGUCUUCAGACUUCUCUACACCUGUCGCAACUAUGAUGAGAUUCUUCUCAGGGAAACUCUUAAUGAGUUGGCUCUUUACUGGAAUAUCACCAUUAUCUUUAAUCUAACUCAGAGCUUAGCAGGCAGCCAUCCCACAGAGUACGGAGAGAUCAUUCAAUAUGGCCGCUUUACUCAAAAGAGACUAUCCAAAGAGGUGGCUGCAUCCAUGGGUCGACCUGUGAGGGUGCUAGUCUGUGGAACUCGUUCUUUUGAAAAUGACAUGAUCACUUUCCUGAAAGAAUCAGGAGUGCAAGCCAAUUCCAUAGAGAAGUUUUAACACACAGGGUAUUUUAACAAUGAUUAUUUGUGUUUUCCUUAUCAACACAUGUGACAUCAUAACUAUAUCCAUGUUAAGAGCAGGGAUAUUGUAAAUGGCAUUGUGUGUUGGACCCAAUUCUUUGAAAUAUCUGUUCAAAGUUUCUCAAAGAAAAAACAAAAAUCUGAAUGUCCAAUUCAUGGACAUGGUGUGCAUAGAGAAAUAUUUUAGUAUAUGCAUGGGGAUGUUCCAUUGGUCCUCUGUACAUGUAUGGUCUAUUCGAUAUCUAUUUGUAUCAAUGUUUAAAUGUAACUGAUAUGCAUAAUUGCAAAUCAUUCAAUCAUUCAAUCAUUCAAUCAAUCAUGCUAGAGCGCCGUAUGGCAGCCGUGCUAAAGCCAGGGUAAUAAUCGGGAGCGCCAGGAGGGUCAAAUCUGACUGACAUGAGCGCUAUACAAGAACCCACUAUUACUAUUAUUAUUAUUAUUUCAAGUCCACUGGAAUACCAAAUUAAUUCUCAUUUCAGGGAGUAACAAACUAAUGAUGCUGGCAGUGAGGCACAUGUGUGUGUCAUUUUAAUUGUACAUUAAAACCUUAUUUAAAGAUCACUAUUACACCAAUUGUUCAUUAUAACAAGGUAAUGCUGCCAAUCCCUUUCUUGCAUAUUCUAUCAAGGUUUAUACAUUUUUGAAUAUUUUUUAGCCUUGUUAAAAGAAAUGCCAUGUCUUAUUUAGUAAAUUAUAUUAGGGUUCGACUCUAUAUAUGCACUUUUCUCCUGUAGUGAACCAAGGUUAUUUUGAUGACUAACAGCAAUGAGGUGACAAAAUUCCAUGGGUAAAGUUUCAACAUAUUACUCUGUAUGUUUCUCCACUUUCAAGGGAUCUGUGUUUCCUAGAUUUGGGGGAACCUAUUAUUUUUAAAAUACUGUAUACUUGGAUGAUAUCCCUGCAUCGGGAGUUUCUAAGAAGUUCAGAAUUGUAGUAUUCAUGAAACUGAAAUAUGAAAACAUUUGAACGCUAAUGGCAAUAUACAGAUUUAAGACAGUCAUGAGUAUUUUCUGCGAUAUUGCAUAUACCACAGAGAUACCAACUCCAAAAUAUUUGUUUUCAUACAUUAGAAUCCUGCCAUUGUAUUAGCAAAGUUGGCAUCUUUGCUGUCAUGGUUUGACACACGAAAGAUUUUGACACGGGUUUCUUCAAUUUACUAAUGGAAUUUAAACAAUGAAUUUUAGAAUGUAAACUUGAUUUCUAAUUCUUUCUUUAAUAUUGUGUGCAAUGUAUUUGCUUCAAAUUUUUAACUUUUUAACUAUUUGUAUAUAUUUUCAAACCUUAACAUGAUUCAAAGGAUAAAAUACAUGUAAAUAGUCUA